GCCUUUGCAAAUUUCUGAGCACCCUGCAUUACAGGGGAUGCCCACGGUCCCACUCAUGCAGGUGUGCAUGGGAUGUUCGAUAUACACCAUCUUCCAUACACAUGGGGUUUCAGCGUCUGGUCCCACAAUUCCACGGCUCCUUGUACAGCAGUUGAGUCUAUGUGCUAAACUUGAUGCAAAUAUUACACCAGGCGAGACAGUAGAUUCGCAGUACAAAGUCUGCAGUUCGUCUUUGUACGGGGACUGCAGAUCCACGUGGCUUUAGUUCAACGCAUGCUGAUCACCUCGGGGCGAACUACUGAGUCCCUCACUGACUGAUUUAGCGUAUGUUGAACAGGAAGAUGACGAGUCCUCCUGUUAGCUUCAGGAUCUAAGUGUUUUGAGUCAGUCGAUUAGCGUUCCCUCCGAAUCAUUCUGUGUUAGAGGAUGCUUCGUCCGAGACAUGGGAGACACCGCUGAACUUUGUUCACGGAUUUGAACAUUUCCGACCACCGCGCGCCGAAUUUCUCCCGCGGGCGACAAGGCGGAGAAGCAACCGUGCUGAGAGAGUGGGCUUGCAGUUUUGAACACUCUAACCGGUACCAACUCCUUGUCCUAGCGCGAAUGAAGCUUAGAGCGCUUUUCAGGAGCAGGCGCCGUUUUCUUGGAGUGGACAGGUCUAGUCUACUGUCGUGAUAGUAGUAUACACUAACCAGCGCGCUUUGCAACUUUUCUGGGAUCCUUCGACUUUCGAGACCCAACCACUAAUCAAGCACAAUAUAUUGCACAGCACCAGCGCCCACUGGACUGGAGUCUAGAAGGAAUAAUGUGUUGGGCGCCGAUAUUAAGGAGACGCACGUUAUCACAGCCAGAAUUCCCAUUAGUGAUGCUGUGUUGUCAUCCACGUCAUCCCGAUUUGGCAUAGUGCACGUGAUGCGGGGCUGCCUCUCCCUCUCCAGCUUCAUCUAUACUGUAUCAUCUUACUACAGCUUAGUGUCCUCUUUAACCUCAUUCAGG